UAGGAAACGGUGUCGACCAGCCGCGUCCUGCCAAAUUUGAUAAAGUUCGUCCGAAGUUUUUACUUUCAAAGUGUAGUGUUGUGUUGAGUGAGUUGAGUGGCUUUGGAUUACUGGGUGUUAACAAAAAUGUAUGCAACAUAACGAAGAACGGGCGAUGCGCCGCGCGCGCGCGCACUCACGUGCUAAGCGCGUAACAUGCGCUCGCUAAACGUGACUGCGUGCGCGGCGCUCUUACAAGACGUGCGAUGGGACGAGCCCACUAGCGUCGCGAGCCUUGCCGUUCUAGCCCUAAUCGACGUUCUUGUCAUUACAGGCAACUGCUUGGUGAUAGCGGCCGUCCUCUGUUCCUCAAAGCUGCGUAGUGUGACGAAUCUAUUCAUAGUUUCACUGGCGGUCGCGGAUCUGUUGGUGGGCCUUGCCGUGCUACCGUUCUCUGCGACUAGGGAAGUUUUUAAGAUAUGGAUAUUUGGAGACGUCUGGUGUUCCGUCUGGCUGGCCGUCGACGUCUGGAUGUGCACAGCAUCCAUACUGAACCUGUGCGCCAUCUCCCUCGACCGCUACGUAGCUGUCACCAGACCAGUUAGCUACCCAUCCAUAAUGAGCAAGAAACGCGCUAAGGCCCUGAUAGCUGGUGUCUGGGUUCUGUCCUUUGUGAUCUGCUUUCCACCGUUGGUUGGAUGGAAAGAUAAAAGGCCGCAAGACGAGCAUCAGAAAGGGAACCCAGAGAUCCACCCUCCUUGCCCGUGGACCUGUGAACUUACCAACGACGCUGGCUACGUGGUAUACUCCGCGCUCGGUUCCUUCUAUAUCCCUAUGUUUGUGAUGCUGUUCUUCUAUUGGAGGAUUUACAAAGCGGCUGUGAGAACCACGAAGGCAAUUAACCAGGGAUUUAGAACUACCAAAGGUUUAGGGAACCGUUUCGAUGACAACCGCUUGACUCUCAGGAUACACCGUGGCCGAGGUUCUGCAAGGCCUCACGGUUCACCACUAUCGACAGCAUCUAACCAUUCUACUAGCACUUCGUUAAGCGCAUCUCCAGAAAGAAUUAGAAGGCAUUCAAGUGCACGGAGAGCCCAUGAAAAAAUCAAAAUUUCCAUCUCGUACCCUUCAUCAGAACAGAUAUGUCCAGCUUUAGAGAACUCGAGAUCGCCGAGUCGAUCACCAAGCCCCUCCUUAUAUGCUGUUCAUUAUGAGAGAGAUGGGAGGGAACUCACUGAGAGCAGAUUGCGGGUGAGGCCUCAUCACCUCACACCUGGUUCUUUAUAUGAUGACUUGGAGGAUAAACCAAGAACGAGGCGCAUGGGAAAAAGAAACAUUAAAGCUCAGGUCAAACGGUUUCGUAUGGAGACAAAAGCUGCUAAGACCCUCGGCAUCAUCGUCGGCGGCUUUGUCUUUUGCUGGCUCCCUUUCUUCAGCGUGUACGUGGUGCGAGCAUUCUGCGGGGACUGCGUGACUCCCAUCAUCUUCUCGAUCUUGUUCUGGCUUGGCUAUUGCAAUUCUGCUAUCAACCCUUUGAUAUAUGCGUUAUUCUCGAAGGAUUUCAGGUUCGCUUUCAAGAGAAUCAUAUGUAAGUGCUUCUGCGCUGGUGGCGGAUCGCGAAGAGAAUCAGACGGCACAGAUAAUGCAGUAAAUCGGCGUCCUAGACCAGUGCACGGUCAUUCACAUUCUUUAGAUGAAGAUGCCCCCGCGUCUAGUGCUGAUAGGUGACGUCAAGCUUUGCGACGGCAAAACGCCCAAUUCAAAACUUCCGUCGCGUGUGUAUAAACAAACACUUAAUAAUAAAUAUAUUAUAAUAUUAUAUUAUAUAGUAAUAAUAUGUAUAUAACUAUAAAGCAUCAUGUGUAAAGCACUAUUCUAAAUGUUGUAUCUAGUCAUAUUAUUGUUGUUAAAGCGUCCUUUAUUAUAAUGAAUAAAAUGGCUUGGAGCCAAUUUCGCUUUUGCACCAGAGAUGUGGCCUUUCAAAAUUUUAUGGAUUUUAUUAGAUCACUAUUAUGUGUUAUUGCUUUUCAAUUACUGAACGUUUUAAGAAUGAUGAUAAUUGCAAUUCAAGUGUCAUAAUAUAAUAUUGGUACCUGAAAGGUUUAGAAUACGUACGCUAUAAGCACAGAUAACAUAAUUCUAUACCUAUCAGUAAAAUAUCCAAUCA